CUCCUCCCUCCGUCCCGGCAGCAGCCGCGGCGGCAGUGAUGGCGUCGGGGUGCAGGAUCGGGCCGUCCAUCCUCAACAGCGACCUGGCGGCCCUGGGCGCCGAGUGCAGCCGCAUGCUGGACUGCGGGGCCGACUACCUGCAUCUGGAUGUAAUGGACGGACACUUCGUCCCGAACAUCACCUUCGGCCACCCCGUCGUGGAGAGCCUGCGCAAGCAACUGGGCCAGGAGCCCUUCUUCGACAUGCACAUGAUGGUGGCCAGGCCGGAGCAGUGGGUUAAGCCCAUGGCAGUCGCGGGCGCGAACCAGUACACCUUCCAUCUAGAAGCGACGGACAAUCCCGGGGCACUGAUAAAGGACAUUCGGGAGAAUGGCAUGAAGGUUGGUUUGGCCAUCAAGCCUGCCACUACAGUUGAACACUUGGCACCGUGGGCCAAUCAGAUAGACAUGGCUUUGGUGAUGACAGUAGAACCUGGGUUUGGAGGGCAAAAGUUUAUGGAAGACAUGAUGCCAAAGGUUCAGUGGCUGAGGACACAGUUCCCCUCCUUGGAUAUAGAAGUGGAUGGAGGAGUAGGGCCUGACACCAUCCAUAAGUGUGCAGAGGCGGGUGCCAAUAUGAUUGUGUCUGGCAGUGCUAUUAUGAAGAGCGCAGACCCGAGGUCUGUGAUCAAUCUCCUCAGGAAUGUGUGUUCAGAAGCAGCUCAGAAGCGCAGUCUGGAUCGAUGAGACCUGCCCAAGGUGUGUUCAAGAAGGCUCCAGGCAUGCAGAACCCUUGUUUCUUGUGUGCAAGGGAGGGCUGGAUGAACACUAAUCACAGAAACUUGUUGCUGCUGAACAGAGGAGUCAUUCCUUUGCUGCGAUGAUGCAAGCAGCAGUGGGAAACAUUCUGCCUGUCUUUCAGGGUUGGAAAUGAAAUGGUUUGAGCCUGUCUCUUGAUUCUGUGGAGGCUAAUUUUAUAGCACAAGCUCUAAUGCUGACUGGAUUGACUUACAGUCAGUUUUUUGCUUGCUAGAAGAGUGUAGCGUUGCCACAAGCAAUCUGUCUUGUGGAAGACUCUUAAUCAAACUGCCUUCUGCUGUGUCUGUAUUUUGUCAUUUGAUCUGUGCAUUCCUACAAAACUUUUCCACUACUGCAUUAAAUGCCCCUUCCUUGGUGUGGUAAGUCUCCUUUAAGCUGACUGUCACAAAUGACUGGGUUUGGGACUAAGUUUGGGGGAAAUGCAGUUGUUAGAGGGC